AUGGCUGAGCAAAUGAAUGUAGAUUUGGGACAAAGUCCCUUCAUGAUAUCCCAGCCAACAGCUACCUUCAAUAAUAAUUCCAUUGUGGUUUCAAAUCUGGGAAGAGCACAUCAAUCAUUGAACAACGGUAGCCCGAAUCAGCUCAAUGGAACCUCAAUUGCUCGUAGUUAUAACUCUUCAAAACGAACAAAUGUUGGCAACGAGAGAACAGGUGGUGAUGGAACCUUUUUGACCGAAGUAUCAAUCAACAACCCCGAAAAUUAUGACAACAGAAUUGUAUAUAAUAAUCUCAUAGAGACACCUCAACCAGCACGGCAAUCUCCAGUGUUUGGCAAAGCUAGGAUCUACCCACCCAUACAGGAUUUGGCCAAUUACAUGACGGCCCUUAAUCGAAAAGUUCAACUCAAGAAAUUUACAGGAAUUCUGGAUCAACGAAACUCACUCCACCAACCUAUCGUCGUUCACAGUUACAAGGACUCUCAAUUCAAUAAUGGUCUACGAAAAUUACCUCCGCCACCUAGGAAGGAUGCAUUUUAUCCUCUCAAAAAGCUCAAUAAGCGAAAACAAAUCGAGGAAUUGGCUGCAGAGCUGUCGAAAAAGGACAAUUUUGAACAUGAUUUUUCCAAGCACUCAAUUAACAAUGAAGAUGACAAGGUGUCCGUACGAUCCAAACAUAGCAGUACCGGCUCCAAGUCAAAGAGUCUUCCUCCUUUGAAUCCAACGCGUGAACAAAGUGAUGCCAUCAGUCAAGCAUUUUCCGAUUUAAAUCCUGAUGCAUCACUCGAGCUUCCUACAAAAGAGGCCACUAACGACGACAAAUUCGAUACCAAAUCUAUAUUCUCCUCACGCUCCAAAUAUUCGCAGAGGAGUAGGAAAUCUAAGGCUCCUUCCGAAUUGUCCUUCUCGAUUGGAAGUGAUGCAGAGAGCGAUCGAAUUCGUCAACUGGAGCAUUCUUUGAAGCAUGAAGAAGAGGCACGAAGAAACAUUCUUAAAAUUCUGGAUGAAAUUCAACAAAAACAAGAAUUUCUACUGAACAAAUUGUCAGAGCAAGAGAGGGAGCAAUUUGAGAGCAUGUACGGACGAUAUUCCAACCUCAUUUCUGACCUCAAGAAAAAUGAUGACAAUAUUAGCGUGGCGCUCUCUGUUAAGGAUAUUCAAGAGUUGAAACGCCAAUCUGAUAUUUGUGACAAUUCACAGGGGGAGCAUUUACCAAAGCUUGACAAGUCAGAGGUUCAUAGCACUGUGUCCAGAAAAAGUGUGGCAAAGAGUGAUCAUUCGACGGCCAUUUCUCACCAUUCUGUACUGUCACGACAGUCACAAGCACUGUCGCUUCAAUCAAAUCACUCACAGCGGUCGCAGGCACUUACACAUCAUUCCAGGCAGCUAUGA